UGAUCUUAGCUCAGAAGUUAAUGGAGAGCUUGAUAGGAUCGUUCAUGGGUGGAGGGAGGGAGGCCGAGGGCCAACAGGUUCAUGAUCCAUUGUCCGGAUCUCUGCAGGGGCUUUGUACUUCAUGGAAGGAGCCGUUAGUCAUCCCGGGGCCUAUCAUCGUCGGCGGCGGUCCGUCAGGGCUGGCCGUGGCCGCUUGUCUCCGGGCGAAGGGCAUCCCGAGCGUGGUCCUGGAGCGGGCCCACUGCAUCGCCUCGCUGUGGCAGCUCAAGACCUACGACCGCCUCCGCCUCCACCUGCCCAAGAAGCAUUGCGAGCUCCCACUCACGCCUUUCCCCUCCUGCUUCCCCACCUACCCGACCAAGCGCCAGUUCGUGGCCUACCUGGAGGCCUACGCUCGGGAGCACGGCGUCCGGCCGCGCUUCAACGAGGCGGUGGUGGCCGCCGAGUACGACGAGGCCCUCGGCUUCUGGCGGGUGCGGACGGCCGCCACGCAGGGAUCGCCGGCGGAGAAGCGGGAGUACCUGUGCCGCUGGCUGGUGGCGGCCACAGGGGAGAACGCGGAGGCGGUGGCGCCGGAGUUGGAAGGAUCGGCGGACUUCGGAGGGCCCAUCGUGCACACCAGCUCCUACAAGAGCGGCGAGGCGUUCCGCGGCAAGAGAGUGCUCGUCGUGGGCUGCGGCAACUCGGGCAUGGAGGUGUGCUUGGACCUCUGCAACAACGCCGCCAAGCCUACCAUCGUCGUCAGAGACUCGGUGCACGUCCUGCCCCGUGAGAUGCUCGGCCUCUCCACGUUCGGGCUGGCCAUGUGGCUUCUCAAGUGGCUUCCUCUGCGGGUGGUGGACGCGCUGCUACUGCUCCUCGCUCGUCUAGUGCUCGGCAACACGGCCAAGUUUGGCCUGCGGCGGCCGCGGCUCGGCCCGCUGCGACUCAAGGCACUCGCCGGCAAGACCCCUGUCCUCGACGCCGGCGCGCUAGCCCUCAUCAAGUCCCAACGCAUCAAGGUGCGGCCAUCAGGCGUUAAGAGACUCGUGAAGCACGGCGCUGAGUUCGCUGACGGCGCGGCGGAGGAAUUCGAUGCGGUAAUUUUAGCAACCGGCUACAGGAGCAACCUGCCGCAUUGGCUCAAGGCGAAGGAGGUGAUCGAGGAGAAAGGUGGGCUCGGCGGAGGGUGUAAAUUGGGGGACAAAGGGCUCUACGCUCUCGGAUUCACCAAACGGGGCCUUUUAGGCGUGUCGCUGGACGCGAGCCGGAUUGCCGGAGACAUCGAGGAGUGUUGGAAGUCUCAAUUGGAGAAGAUCAAAGUGACCUCAUUCACAUGUUCGCAUGCACCGUCACGGCGUACUCCUAACUUCACAAAAUAGAAAUGAGAGAAAAAAAAAACUCGACAAAAAGUUUGUGAUUGAGUUUUUAUCCUCUCACUCAAUUAAGUAUGUAACAAUUGAUGCACGGCUCCAACUUUAAGGUAUUUGUAGAAAAUGUUUACAAAAUUCUA